GAUCAUUCGGUCGUUCUAUUGAAAUUAACAUGCUACUCUUGAAGCAUCCGAAAACCGGCCAAAGUCUGGAGAUCAAUGAGUUUUGGCUCCGCGAUCACUGUCGCUGUGGGGAGUGCCUAAAUUUGGAUACAAAUCAGAGGCGAUACGAUCUCUUGGAUCUGCCAGCUGAUGUGAAAUCGUUGGGGGUAAAGUGCGAAGGGAUACGAUUACAAGUGCAAUGGAGUGACGGUCACCAGUCCAGCUAUGACCUGGACUUUAUCUUCGAUUCCCAGCUGGAGCGGUUGAUAAGCCGGCGAUCAAGGUCCACUAAUCUGACGCCCUGGAAUCGUUGUAUUAUUUUGCAGAAUGAACGGCACUUGAGAUUCUCGUUGCCCCAGCUCGUUUCCAGUGAUGAGGUGGUCAGAUCUUUGGUUGAAUCUCUGGUUCGCUAUGGCAUUGUUUUCAUCGAUGAUGUGCCACCCACUCCAGACAUGACCGAACUGGCUUUGCGUCGGGUUUUUCCCUUAAUGAAAACCUUCUUUGGUGAAAUGUGGACUUUUAGCGACAAGCCCGAUCAUGCGGACACCGCUUACACCAAACUUUAUCUGGGUUCCCAUACGGAUAAUACGUAUUUCUGCGAUGCAGCUGGACUGCAGGCCCUGCAUUGCAUCGAACACUCGGGUUCGGGUGGGGAAAAUUUCUUUGUGGAUGGUCUGCAUGUGGUGCACGAACUGAAGCGUCGCUUUCCCGCCGCCUAUGAUGUGUUGUGCAGGGUCCAGGUUCCCGGAGAGUACGUAGAAAAAGGGGAGCACCAUCGCCACACGGCCCCCAUUAUCCAGGUGGAUCCCCUGACUCAGGAAUUCGUUCAACUCAGGCUCAAUGUCUACGAUCGGGCUGUGUUCGAUACGAUUCCACAGCCGGAGAUGGCCGAGUUCUAUGACAGUCUGCGGCAACUUCUGCAGAUUGUUAGGGACGAAGAGCAGCAGUGGACUCUCAAGCUCUAUCCCGGCAGCAUUGUGCUCUUCGACAACUGGCGGGUCCUCCAUGGUCGCCAGGCUUAUACAGGAUGUCGCACUAUGUCCGGCUCUUACGUGCAGCGAACUGACUUCUUAAGUAAGGCUCGAGUGCUGGGAAUUAUAGAGUAAAAGCUUCGUAUAAAAAAACAGAUUUAAAACCAGUUUUUGAUAAACAUGCCACUUUGAAUGAAUUUUUCUACUGCACAAAAGUAUACAUAACGAAUUCUUGAAAGGAGUUUCAUUUGAGUAUCUUUAGUUCUUUAUAAAUUAAUCAAACAAAGUUAUUCGUUAUGUUUAGCUUUAUACCAUUUAAUAAAUGUUAAUAUUGUGGCUCUUAAGAACUGCCAUGUCUCAAAUCCAAAUUCCAAAUCGUACAAACAUAUUUUCCUUCUACUGAACUGAGUUCUUUUCCAAUUCAGUUUCGAUUUCAAAUGCCAACGCAUCAUAAUAAAAAGUUACGAUUACAAUUGCU